AUGAAUGAUGCUGCCCCAUCACAUAAAAGUUUAUAUCGUUGGGAAAAGCGUCAAUCAGCACUUGAUCAACCAUCUAAACCAGCAAAAAAUGAUGAUAUAAAAAAUUGGUUACGUCAAGUAGAAAAUGCAUCAUCGAAUGCAGUUGAAAGUGUUUUUCCUCGUUCAUCUAGUCGAAAAACUAGUAAAAUACUUGCCAAUCAAGCAACAGAUACAACAUAUACAGAAGCAAGAGAAAUUCUUGAUGAAUGGAUGAAUGAUAAACUUCGACUUGAAGCUGGUCUUAAUGAUAGUGAUGAUGAUGAUAUAGUUCAAGCAAAUGUUCGAUCUGUUAAACAAGCAUGUAAUCUUAGUUUUGAUGAAGAUGAUCAAUUAGAAUUCUUACGAGAACCAAAAGAUAUAUUUACAUUUAAAGAUCCAAGUGUUUAUUAUGAAACACAUGAUGAAUCAGAUUUAGUUAAAGAUAUUCUUCAUGAUUUAAGAAGUAAAGAAGUAUUAACUCGACAGCAAUUAUAUGCUAUGGAACAAACUAAACCAGCAACUAUUGAUAUACAAACAAAAAUUGAAGAACGACAUCGACAAGUUAAAGAAAAUCAUGAACGUAUGCAAAAAGAACGUGAUUCUAAACGUAAACAAGUACAAGCAAAAAAAGAAGCAGAAGCUCAAGCACGUCUUGUUAUUCUUAAAGAAGAACGUGAACGUGCUUUAAAAGCUAAACAAGAAGAAGAGAUGAUUGAACGACACGUUAUGGAAAUUCGAAAAGAAAUGAAUGAAAAACGUUUACAAGAUGAAGAACAACGAAAACAUCAUCGUGAAUAUGAACAUGCUAAAUCAGAACGAACGAAAGCUGAACAAGAACGAUCACGUAAAGAAGAAGAAUUACACAAAUUAAAAGAAUUAGCAAUUAAAGAACAAAAUGAUCACAAUGAAAAACGUCUUCAAACUUUAGUGGAUGAUUUUAUUCGAAUGAAAUCUUUAACAAUAAUACAAAAACAUUUUUCUGCUUGGCUUAAUGUUGUAUUAGAACGACGUUUACAAAUGGGUCGAGCAGCUGCAUUAGCUGAUUGGAAAUUAUUAUUUCAGUCAUUUAAUUGGUGGAAAAGUAUGGUUCGAACAAAAAAACUUGAAGAAGAAACAGAAGCACAUAUGGCUGAAAUGAAAAUAUUUAGUAUGAAAAUGCAACAAGCAAGUUCACAUUAUGAACGAACAUUAUUACGAAAAUCAAUGAUAACUUGGCAAAUCUAUCUUCGUAAUGAACGAAUAGCUAGCAAUUUAAAACAUGAACAAGAAACAACGAAAAGAAAAAUUGAUUCAUUUCUUGAUGCUGCAUCAACUGGUAAACUUUGGGGAAACGAACAACAACAACAAACAAUAAUAACAACACCACUACCACCAACAACAGCAACUAUUACUCGUCAACAAUCUAAACAAGUAAAAGUACGAAAAGUACCAAUCGUUCCUCGUCCAUCUUCAUUAACUUCACGACCACGUUCAGCAGUAAGAUUUGGUGAUAAAUCAUCAUUAACUACAAGAACACAGUCAGAUAUAAAACUUGAUGAUUUUUUUCAAACAUCAUCAGCAUCACACAAUGAACAAGAAGAACAACAACAACCUAGUCUCAAUAUUGGUUUACCAGUAACAACGACUGAUACACGUCGUAUGCAUCUUGAUUUUGAUGAAUUAUCAAGUAGUGAUGAAGAUUUAAGUAAAAAAAAGCAACGUGAAAAACGUAUUCGUCAAGAUAUGGCUGAACAUAAAUCUGCAUCACGUGUUAUGAGUACAUUUGAAAAUCGUUAUAAUGCUCAAAUGAAAAUGCUUAAAGAACAAAAUCGUUUAUUAAAAGAUCAACAAAGAAUGAUAGAAGAACUUAAAUAUCAACAAGAUCAAAAAGUUAUUCAUAAUCAACUAUCAAAUCUUGAAACAUUAAAAGCACAACAAACUGAAAUGGAAGACAAACAACGAAAACAAUUAGUUACUGAUCGACGUCAUGCGACUGCACUUAUUCAAGCACAUAAUCGUGGAGACUUACAAAAGCAAUUAAAUACAAGUCGAUUUGAUCAACCAACUGUAUCAGAUCGUCCAUCAACAAGAAGUGAAACAUUAUUAUUAAAUAUGGAAGAACGAGCACGAAAACGAUAUGAAAUUAAAACUGAACGUGACGCAAAACGACGUGCUGUAGAAGAAGAAAAAUUAGCUAGAGUACAACAAUUAAUGGAUGAAAGAAUGCGUCAAGAAGAAGAAGAAAAACGAUUAAAAAUUGAAGAAGCACGCGAAAAACAACGUCUUGAAAAAGAACGUGAAAUAGAAAGAAAACGUUUUGAACAACGUUUACAAAUAUUAACUGAAAAAGCUGAUAAUCAUUGCAGAAUCUUUCGAAUGCGUUAUUAUGGAUUUAAUCCUUUAAAAAAACUUAUUUUAAUUCGUCAACAACAAAUGCAAACAGCUGAAGAACAUCAUAAUUAUAAAAUUGCACAAUAUACAUUUAAUAUUUGGUAUGAAACUAUACGGCAAGAUAUGGAAAUAAAAACUAGACGUGCUAUAGAAUUUUAUACACAUUUACUUUAUCGUCGAUAUUUUACAUCAUGGCAACGAUAUAAACAACAAACAGAAAUAGCGGAUGAACGAGCUGAAAGACAUUAUAUGAAUCGUUUAAUGAUAAAUACAUUUAAAAUUUGGCAAGAUUAUACACAAACAGAAAUUAUUCGUUUAUGGCGUUUAGAUGAUAUAGCUAAAGAACAUAAUGUUAAAAGAAUUUUAAAGAAUACAUUUAUUAUUUGGCGUCAAUUUCCAGCUGAAACAAAAAAAGAACGUGAACGAGAAAAACGAUUGGCAGAAAUGCGCUUGAAAGUCAAAGAUUUAUUGCCUGAUUAUCGUGGAACAGAAUCAUCAUCAUCCAAUACAAUUAAUAGCAAUGAUAAUAAAACUUGA